CUUUGUGACGUCACAGCGCGCCGCGAGGGCGGACAUUGUGACGUCACCGGGGCGGUUCCGGUACCGGUGAUGGCGGCGGGGACGGAGCUGUGCCCGCACUGCGGGCGGCCCUUCAAGCGGCUCCGCGCGCACCUCCCGCACUGCAAGGCCGCGCCGGCAGCACCGGCAGCACCGGCAGCGAGCCCCGGGCCGGGCCCCGGCAGCGCCGCGCGGCCCGUCCCGAGCAGCGCCCGAGGCUUAGGGGCCCGCCCGAGCCCCGCCAGCGCACCGGGAUCGGCGCCGGGAUCCAACCCCCAGCCCUCCGCCGCCACCGGCAGCGCCCCGGAGCCGAGCCCAGCGCCGCUUCCCCGGCCGGCCCCCGGUACCGGCCCUGCCGCCUCCGGUAGCGGCCCCGGCGCGGUGCAGGACGUGGCCCGGAGCCUGGACCUGCACCCCGAGGAGGUGGAGGAUGUGCCCCAGAGGCUGCGGGAGGGGGUGAAGGUGGUGAUAGAGAAGCACCGAGCCAGGGUGGUCCGGGAGAAGGAGCCGCGGAGCCGCGGGGAACGGACGGAGCCCGGCCCCGCUCUCCGCAAAUCUGCCCCAAAAUCCCGGAGCAAGGAGCCGCCGAGCCAGGGAGCCGCGGGGAGCGGGACUGCGAGCUCCAAGGGAGGAAAAAGCAGCUUAAAGGCGACAAAGACACUUCGAGAGCCCGCGGAGAGCAGCAACAGCCCCGGUGACCUCGUCCAGAAGAAGGGAAGAGACAAAUCCCGGGCAGGAGGGGAGCGGGUGCAGAUGGAAGCUGGGCUGGGAUCUGAACCCCCCGUGUGUGCUCUGCACCCCCGGAGCCUCCAGCUGGCACCGGCGGAGCCCAUCGGAGCUCACGGCCGGGGGACAGCCAGGAACGAGCUCAGCCUGCCGGGGCUGCGGGGGGAGGCAGAGCCCGAGGCCACCGUGAGCACAGCCCCGGGGCUGGCACUGCGAACCCAGCCCGGCCCGAGCCCGGGCAGAACCCCGGGGCUGGCACUGCAAACCCAGCCCGGCCCGAGCCCGGGCACAGCCCCGGGGCUGGCACUGCAAACCCAGCCCGGCCCGAGCCCGGGCACAGCCCCGGGGCUGGCACUGCGAACCCAGCCCGGCCCGAGCCCAGGCACAGCCCCGGGGCUGGCACUGCCCCUCACACCCCAAACUCAACCUGUCCUGAGCCCGGGCACAGCCCCGGGGCUGGCACUGCCCCAAACCCAGCCCAGCCCGGGGCUGGCUCUGCCCCACACGCCCCAAUCCCAGCCCAGCCCGGGGCUGGCUCUGCCCCACACGCCCCAAUCCCAGCCCCUCUGCUCAGCCAAGGGCUUGGAGUGGUUUCCAGAAUUGUAUCCCGAGUCGGGAGGGCUGAGGAUUUUUCCAGGGAAGCGUUUCCACGAGGAUGUGAGGAUCACGGUGGAGACACCCAGGGGUGGCUUGGCACAGGGGCAGCAAGGUCCCCUGUCCGAGAGGCCCCUGAUGGAGGUGAGGCUGGGCGAGCUGCACACCUGGGCCAGCACCUGCAGCUUCUCUGCCCAGGGGCUGCUGGCAGCAGUGCAGAGAGCCUGGGGCAGUUAUUGUGCCAAGUACAUCCACGUGAAGCAGGGGGGACCUGCUGGAAUCUCCAUGCUCCUGGCUGGGUACUGCCUGCUCAGCUAUGGCUGGAACUAUCAGCACUUCAAGCGGCACCGCUGGCGAAAAUACCACUGAAGGAGCUGGAGCAGCAGGCAGGGAACAGCCCCAGCUCCUGGAGAGGCAGCAGAGCUGCCAGGAGCAGGAUCCCAGCAGGAAUUCCCAGCAGCAGGGGCCUGGCUGGGGCUGGAGCAGAGGAGGAGCUGCUUUGCAGGUCGGCUUGUGUGGCACAGAGGUGACAGGGACAGCCUGUGCUCACCCCUCCGUGCUCAGGCAGCUUUAGUAGGGAAAUGAGAAAGCUGUGGAGGCACCUGAGAGAUCUAUGGGGGCAGGAGGGCUCCUGGAGGCUGCAGAGUCCCAGAUCCCUUGCUUGGCACAGGGGACAGCACCUUGUCCUGAGCUGUCAUUAGAGAUUAUUUGACAAUUCUGCUGUAGCUGAGUGCACUCCAACCCCCAGAACCGUUCCCUUUAAAUUCAGAGCUGUGCCUGGCCCAGCCCAGUUUGUACUCACCCAGUUUGUGCUGGUGGGACUGGCCAGGACCUGUGUGAAGGCACUGGAGCAGCAGCUCAGACCACAACACCCCAGUUCUGGGGAAGAAAACUCCAUGGGAUGAGCUGUUGUGCCCAAAGGGCAAACCAGGGCAGUCAGGAGUGCUAGUUGGAGCCUGCCAUUCCCAGACAUGUCUGGGAAAGGGUUGCUCAUGUUCCAGGCAUGAAGAGCAAAAAAAGAAAGAGGCAAGAAUUAAAAGUCUGAGCUCUUUAUUCUGCAGAGUGCAGUGACAGAGGUGCUGCACCAAAAACUCUCUCACCAGCAAUAAAAACCUGUGUGGAUUUUCCUUUCCUGC